GGCGCGGCCGGCCGGCCCGGCUUCCCCUGGCAAACCUGUCUCGGCGGGGCGGGGAGCGGAGCUUCCUCCUGGCCGUGCGGUGCAGCGCCGCCCGAUUUGUCCUUCCGCCGCUGCCGCCGCGGCGCCGGGCCGAGCGAGGGGGCGAGCGGAAGGGGCGCGGAGCCGAGGCCCGUGAUGCGGCCGGCGGUAGCGGCGGCCGUCGCGGGGUCGCCGGCGCGGGACACGUCGCUGUGCGGGGAGCUGCUGCAGGCCCCGCCGCCCCCGGCCUCGCAGCCGCCUCCGGCCGCGCCCUCGGGGCCGCCGCUCUCCGCCCCCGCCGGCGCGACCCUCAACCGCCUUCCGGAGCCGCUGCUGCGGAGGCUCAGCGGGAGCUUGGACCGAGCGCCCGAGGGCCGCGGCUGGAGGAGGCUGGCCGAGGUGGCCGCGAGUCGGGGGCGCCUCCGGCUCAGUGGCCUGGACUUGGAACAGUGUUCUCUUAAGGUCUUGGAGCCUGAAGGAAGCCCGAGCCUAUGUUUACUGAAGCUAAUGGGUGAAAAAGGUUGUACGGUCACGGACUUGAGUGACUUCCUGCAGGCUAUGGACCACACUGAAGUUCUUCAGCUUCUCAGCCCCCCAGGAAUAAAGAUCACCGUAAACCCAGAAUCAAAGGCAGUCUUGGCUGGACAGUUUGUGAAACUGUGUUGCCGGGCAACUGGACAUCCUUUUGUACAGUAUCAAUGGUUCAAAAUGAAUAAAGAGAUUCCAAACGGAAAUGCAUCAGAACUUAUUUUUAACACAGUGCACGUAAAAGAUGCAGGCUUUUACGUCUGUCGAGUUAAUAAUCACUUCACCUUUGAAUUCAGCCAAUGGUCACAGCUGGAUGUUUGUGAUGUCACAGAAGUCACAGAAAGCUUCCGGGGAAGCUUGGAUGGCGUCUCUGAAUCUAAGUUGCAAAUCUGUGUUGAACCAAGGUCCCAAAAGCUGAUGCCUGGUAGCACCUUGGUCUUACAGUGUGUCGCUGUUGGAAGCCCUAUUCCUCAGUACCAGUGGUUCAAAAAUGAAUCACCGUUGACGCAUGAGACGAAAAAGCUAUAUAUGGUGCCUUAUGUGGAUUUGGAACAUCAAGGAACCUAUUGGUGUCAUGUUUAUAACGAUCGAGACAGUCAACAUAGCAAGAAGGUAGAAAUCAUCAUAGGAAGAACAGAUGAGGCAGUGGAGUGCACUGAAGAUGAGUUAAAUCAUCUUGGGCAUCCCGAUAAUAAAGAGCAAACAGCUGACCAGCCUUUGGCAAAGGACAAGGUUGCUCUUUUGAUAGGAAAUAUGAAUUACUGGGAGCACCCCAAGCUUAAAGCUCCUUUGGUGGAUGUGUAUGAAUUGACCAACUUGUUAAGACAGCUGGAUUUCAAAGUUGUUUCAUUGUUGGAUCUUACCGAAUACGAGAUGCGUAAUGCCGUGGAUGAAUUUUUACUACUUUUAGACAAAGGAGUAUAUGGAUUAUUAUAUUAUGCAGGGCAUGGUUAUGAAAACUUUGGGAACAGCUUUAUGGUUCCUGUUGAUGCUCCAAAUCCAUAUAGGUCUGAAAACUGCCUCUGUGUACAGAAUAUACUGAAAUUAAUGCAAGAAAAAGAAACUGGACUCAAUGUGUUCUUGUUGGAUAUGUGUAGGAAAAGAAAUGACUACGAUGACACCAUUCCGAUCUUGGACGCACUGAAAGUCACUGCCAAUAUUGUGUUUGGAUAUGCCACGUGUCAAGGAGCAGAAGCUUUUGAAAUCCAGCAUUCUGGAUUGGCAAAUGGAAUCUUCAUGAAAUUUUUAAAAGAUAGAUUAUUAGAAGACAAGAAAAUUACUGUGUUACUGGAUGAAGUUGCAGAAGAUAUGGGUAAAUGUCACCUUACCAAAGGCAAACAGGCUCUAGAGAUUCGAAGUAGCCUAUCUGAAAAGAGAGCACUGACGGAUCCAAUACAGGGAACAGCAUAUUCUGCAGAGUCUCUGGUGCGGAACCUACAGUGGGCCAAGGCACAUGAACUUCCAGAAAGUAUGUGUCUUAAAUUUCAAUGUGGCGUUCAGAUUCAGUUAGGAUUUGCAGCUGAGUUUUCCAAUGUCAUGAUAAUCUAUACAAGUAUAGUCCACAAACCACCUGAUAUAAUGAUGUGCGACGCCUAUGUUACUGAUUUUCCACUUGACUUAGAUAUUGAUCCAAAAGAUGCAAAUAAAGGGACACCUGAAGAAACUGGCAGCUAUUUAGUAUCAAAGGAUCUUCCCAAGCAUUGCCUCUAUACUAGACUCAGUUCACUGCAAAAGUUAAAGGAGCAUCUCAUCUUCACAGUAUGUUUAUCAUAUCAGUACUCAGGAUUGGAAGAUACUGUAGAGGAAAAGCAAGAAGUGAAUGUCGGGAAACCUCUCAUUGCUAAACUAGACAUUCAUCGAGGUUUAGGAAGGAAGACUUGCUUUCAAACUUGUAUCAUGUGUAACGGCCCUUACCAGAGCUCUACGGCCACCUCAGCAGAAGCUGGACGUUAUCAUUCAUCUCAAGACUCAUUCCAUGGUGUUUACCAUUCACAUCUUGGUAACUCAAGUAAUAUUCUGCCAUCAGACAGUUGUCGUUGCAGCCGGACUGCAGAUGUAUUUCUUUCAAGUCAUCAUACCCAUCAGUAUUCAUGUCAGUUUGGUAGAAGUAAUAUGCCAGUAGAGACGACUGAUGAAAUACCAUUCAGUUUCUCUGAUGGGCUCAGAAUUUCUGAAAAGUGACCUGCUUGUUUUUGAAAGUCAUGGUAAUUACGAUGCCUCCUAUGCAACAGUACUUAUAUAAAGUGAGGUAUUGUGAAAAAGCAAAUAUGUAUAUAUAGAGAGAAUGAAUAACAGCUGUUUCAUGGCAAACUCAGGACUUUGAGAUGUUGGAAUUAUAUUAUUUAACCACAGACGACUUCCUCCUCUUCUUUCUCUUUUAAAAUUUUGUGAAUUAGUUGAUUUAUUCUCUAAGAAUGGAGGUGUAUUCUCUAAGUAUGGAUGUGUAUAUGUUUAUGUGUAUAUAACAAAAAUGCUUUCAUUUUGACCACUCUGAAGUAAUUAAAAUGGGAAUGGCAUUAUUGUAGAAUAAGUCAUUGUAUUUCUAGAACCAGAGAAAGAACCUUGGUGAUCAUCAGGCUUAACCUAAUUUUAUCAGUGGGAGAAACAGAUUGAGGCAUCUUCUUUAAGUUAGAGCUGGCAACAGAACUGAGACCUCCAGAUUUCUAUUCCGGUGUUUAUUCCACUACUCACUGCCUUCCCAACAGGUUCUGAAACAAGUACUAUUUUUGUAGAUAGAUUUAAAGAUAGAUAUGUAAAUAUGCAUAUCUGUGUAUAGUCUAGAAACGUACAAACUUUACUUUGUGAUUAUAGGACUUUACUGCAAAUGUCAGUUAGGAGGUUUGUAUAUAAAUCUUAGGUUGAACAGGCCGGAAUUUCUUGUUCAUAAGGUCAUUAAAGUACAUAACAGGUGAUGAAAUGUUUGUCUAUGUUAAAGCUAGACAGCAGGAUAAUUUUGCUACUGGAUAAUCUUGGUAGCUGCUUAUCUGAAUCUUACAAAUGUUGGACACAUCUUCCUUAAUAAUGUGUAUUUUAUUAUUGAAUUUUACUAGCCUUAGGAGAUAAUGUUAUCACCUUUGGUUCUAUCUAAAAGCAAGUUAAAAAGGCAACUGGCAAUAACAAAGAAAAAGAUUGAAUUAAUAAUUUUAAAACAGCCCACAAAGAAAAUCCCAGGCCCAGAUGGCUUCACUGCUGUAUUCUACAAACAUUUAAAGAAUUAAUACCAGUCCUUUGCAAACUCUCCCCAAGAAUAGAAUAGGAGAGAACACUUCCCAACUCUUCUUACGAGGCCAAUGUUACCCUGAUAGAAAACCAGACAAAGACGACACAAGAAAACUACAGACCAAUAUCUGUUAUGAAUACAGACACAAAAAUCAUCAACAAAAUGCUAGCAAACUGAAUCCAGCAACAUAUAAAAAGGAUUGUACACCAUGACCAAGUGAGAUUUAUCCUAGGAAUGCAAGGUUGGUUUAACAUCCAAAAAUCAGUGUAAUAUGCAAAUAAUUCUCAUUAUUCACAGUAGUUAUGUUCUGUAGUAUCACAAUGAAUACUGAAUUAGUGAAUACAGAGCCAUUGCUUCUAGGGGAAAUGUGAGUGUGUGUGUAUUUAUACAUAUACACAACUCAAGUAGAUUAUAAUCUUAAAUCCUAAAAACAACUUAUCCUGGUAGAUUGUUUUCUUUAUCUUAAAAAAGAGAAAAUGAGGUUCAGAAGUAUUAAGUGACUUGCCUGAAGCCACCCCACUAACAGGUGACAGAGUUGGGAUUCCAUCCCAUCCAACUGGCCCCAGAGCUGCUUGUACUACACUGCCCUGCCCCCUGCCUUCUCCGUCCUCCGGUUGUCUCUGUGGGAGAGCUGAAACAAAAAGGCAAAGCGUUGCCUUGUUUGACCUCGGCUGAGAACACGCACGUCAGAGAUCGCAAAAUUUUCACCAGUCUGCUCAUGUCCGUGAAUGAUCGUAAAAGUGCUGCAAGUAUUGAUUUUGGGAUUACGAAUAAAUGUUACAAAUUGGCAAAUUCACAAAUACAGAAUCGUGAAUAACGAGGAUCAACUGUACUAUGUUCAUAAGGGAGAAAUUUACCAUAAUUACCACAUUGUCUUAAUAGAUGCAGAAAAAGCAUUUGAUAAAAUUCAGCACCCUUUCGUGGUAAAAAUACGCAAAAAACUAGGAGUAAAAGGGAACUUCCUCAAGAUGAUAAAAGACCUCUACAAAAAGCCCACACCUAACAUCCUACUUAAUGGCGGCACACUGAAUGCUGAAGACUUUCCUCCUAAGAUCAGGAAUAAGACAAGGAUGCUCACUCUCACCAGUUCUACUCAACAUUGUCCUUAGAGUUCCAGCUUAGGCAAGAAAAGGAAGUAAAGGGCAACCAGACUGGAAAAGAAGAAGGAAGACUGUGUGUAUCCACAGAUGACAUGAUCUUGUCAUGUAGAAAAUUCUAAGGAAUUCAUUUAAAGACAAAUAAAUGAGUUCCACAGUUGCAGGAUAGAUACAAGAUCAGUAUACAAAAAUCAGUUUCAUUUCUAUACUAGCAAUAAACAUUCUGAAAUUGAGAUUUUUGAAAAGAUCUAUUUACAGUAGCAUCAAGAUGAACAAAAUAAAACUAUAAAACAUUGUUGAAAGGAAUUGAAGGAGACCUAAAUAAAUGGAAAGACAUCUCCGUUCGUGGAUUGGAAGACUUAACAUUCUAAAGAUGGCGUGCUUCCCAAACUGUUCUACAGAUUCAAUGCAAUUCCCAUCAAAAUCCAAGCUGGCUUUUUUGGGGCAGAAAUUGACAAAAUGAUAAAAUUCAUACAGAAAUGCAAAGGACCCCCAGCCAAAACAAUCUUGAAAAAGGACAAAGUUGGAAGUCUCACAUUUAGUAGAUUUCAAAGCUUAUUACAAAGCUACACUAAUCAAGAUAGUCUGGUACUGGCAUAAGGAUAGACAGAAUAUAAAAAUACCAUUGAGAGUCCAGAAAUCCAUACAUUUAUGAUCAAUUGAUUUUUGACGAGGAUGCCAGUACCAUUCAGUGAGAAAGAGUAGUCUUUUCAACAGAUAGUCCUAGGACAACUGGAUAGCCACAUGCUAAAGGACCUGUAUCUUAGACCAAUGCAAAUUUUAACUCAAAAUGAGUCAUAUACCUGAAUAUAAGAGCUAAAAUUAUAAAACGCUUACAAGAAAACAGAAGUAAAUCCUUGUGACUUUGGACUUAGCAAUGAUUUCUUAGAUGAAACACCAAAAGCGCAAGCAGCAACAAGGGGGAAAAAAUUGGAGUUAAUCAAAAUGAAGUUUUGUGCUUUAAAGGACACCAUCAAGAAAGUGAAAAGACAACCCACAGAAUGGGAGAAAAUCUUUGAAAAUUAUGUCUGAAAAGGGACUCAUAGCCAGAAUAUAUGAAGAACUCAUAAUAACAAGGCUAUGCUAGUUCUUAAUUAUGGUCACUCCUCUGCAGUAACCAAUCGACUGUGCAAAGAACUUUCUGAUGAUGGAAAUUUUCUCUGUCUGCACUGUCCAGUAUGGUAGCCUGUAUCCCCAUGUGGUCAUUGAGCAAUGGAAAUACAGCUAGUGAGAGCAACUGGAUUUUUUUUUUUAAUUUUGUUUUUAGUUUAAACAGUUAUAUAUAGCUCGUGGCUUCCAUAUUCGACUGUGCAGCUGUAGAGGAUGGGGCUAGAAGUUAGGUAGGGUAAAGGGACUUUGCCCUUUCACUUUAUAUUCUUCUGUAUAUUUGAAUUUUUUUUAACUAAGCAUGUAUUAUAUUUAUAAUUUGUUAAAGUUUUUUAAAAUAACUAAGAGAAUGGUGCAGUUUUUGUCUUUUCUAUCA